AUGGUAGGAAAGAGGUUUGCUCUUGUUCUCUUUGUGGUCGGCAGGGAGGACAGCGGCAGGUCUCUGUGGUACUUCAGGGAGGCGCUCUCCAUGCCAGCUGACCUGGGGGUCACGCUGCCGUACUUCUUUCAUGCGGGAGAAACAGACGACGAAGACAUCGACGUGGAUCAGAACGUCCUCGAUGCCCUUUUGUUCAACACCACACGCAUUGGGCACAGCUACGCUCUGGCACACCACCCGCUGGCUAAAGAGCUUUCCAGGAGAAGAAACGUGGCUGUGGAGCUGUGCCCCAUCUCAAACCAGGUGCUGAAGCUGGUUUCAGACCUGAGGAACCACCCGGCCGCUGUGCUGAUGUCCGAGGGCCACCCGAUGGUGAUCAGCUCCGACGACCCGUCUCUGUUCGGCACCACCGGCCUCUCCUACGACUUCUAUCAAGCAUUUGUGGGCAUCGGAGGCUUGAAAGCAAACCUGGGGACUCUGAAGGAACUGGCUCUCAACUCCAUCAGGUACACCUCGCUGCCGGACCACCUGAAGGACAGGGGCUGCGUCAUGUGGCAGAACCAAUGGGACGCUUUCAUCGCUCAUCAUUCCUGA